AUGGCUCCUCUGCUAGCCCUUCCGCAGUCUCUCGAUCCACCAGAGCUCGCAAACAUAUUACCCUUCCAGCACACAUCUUCACGAGACCACGACCGCGACGGCCCAGCGCCACUGUUCGAAUACCGAACCUCCCUCCAGCUACGCCAGGAGCAAGCCGACGCCUUCUACCGCACGCAGCACAAUCGCUCGAGAGCAUCAAGUUCGACUGGCAGCGUCGCGAACAGCCUUCGCCGUACGCCCAACUUCGAGCGCGCCAGAUCAGUCGAUCCGAGCCAACAACAGCGCGUUCGCUUCGAGACACCUCGCCCUCACUCAACCCCCUACGCUGAGCCUCAUCCCGCUCUUCGCAUCAGUCGACGUACUGCCUCGGCAAUACGCUUCGUGCUCGAAGAGGGACUCCGACUUCCACAUCCUUUCACACCGGAUCUGGUCGAAGAGAACGCCCUCAUGUCCGAUCUGUCGAGUGGCCGCGCUGCCAACGGCGGGGCCCGUACAACUGGCGGUCCCGUGCCUGUCGAUCGGUCCAACAUUCGUACGCCAACGCAGAUCAUGAAUGCUAGACGACAACGGGCUGAAGUGGAGGAACAAAGGAAGGCCGCCGAGGAGGAGCGCAGGCGAGCCAGCGCAGAAAGAAGAGCUCAAGCUGUUUCUGGUGUAGCUGGAGCACCAACAACUGAGCCUGGGACCCAGAGGCAGCCCCAAUCAGCCCCUCUAAGAUCUGGCGACCAAUACGUACAAUACCCGACCUCCUCGGGCGGAGUGCCGCGUCAACCAGAGAGGCCAAUGCCAUCACAAAACACCAUGAACGAAGCACAAGAGACCACAACAGGCGCAUCGCAAUCAAGACCUCGAGCGGCCUCACAAACACCCUCUCGACUCACUCAGGCAAAUCUAGGUCUGCCAACGACAGCAGAACAAAGCAGAAGACCAGCUGGCUCAGGCCACGCCAGGCGACCCUCCGGCGCCACAGCUUCAUCACAAGCAGGCCCUUCAACUGCUGCAGCACGACCACCGCCUCCACCGGGUUCGUCCACUGGACAAGCUCGGGAGUCAACAACAUCCAACUUUCCACAUGCGUUCGAGCGCUGGGAAACCCUAUCUUCACAUUGGGAGGGCCUUACCUCUUACUGGAUACGGCGACUUGAGCAAAACACCGAUGAAGUCCGCAGAGAGCCACUGGCACAGCAAAUGUCACGGCAAAUCACUGAUCUUUCGGCAGCUGGUGCUAACCUCUUCCAUGCUGUCGUCGAACUUCAACGCUUGCGCGCAUCUUCCGAACGAAAAUUUCAGAGAUGGUUCUACGAACAUCGCCAGGACCAGGAGAGGGCCCAGGAGCGCGAAGCGCAAUUGACUGAACAAAUGAACUCGGAGCGCGAGCUUCGCCUUGAGGCUGAAGCGAACAUGGAGCGCAUGGCCACUGAGAAGAAGAAUGCCGAACGAGCUGUGUCCGAGAUGAAGCGUGAGCUACAAAUCUCGAAGGAAGAAGCACGCCGAGCAUGGGAAGAACUUGGGAGGCGAGAACAGGAAGAGCGCGAUCGCACAUUCUCGUUGAGGGAAGGCCAGCCUACAUUGGUUGGCGGAGUGCAGGUGGUGCCGAUGGCGCAGAACAUGGGACGUCAAGGAAGGGGACAUGGAGAUGAUACUUAUGCUGGUGCACAGAGUAGUGGUGAGGGCAUCGAACAACACUACUCGUACGAAGAAGGUCAAUCACCAACCGAUACCGAUCCCUUCACUGAGAGCGCCCGCCAUGGGCGCCGAGAGCCUGAGCAGCCUGCGCACGUAGCUCAAGGAACUUAUAUUCCUUCGGGCGCAGCAUCGACCGCAUCAUCUCGGCCUGGUGGCUCUUCGGUUGCGGACGAAUCGCUAGCUCCUGCUCCUCUACAAUACCCAUACUAUACAUCUCAAGCACAGCAGGGGUCUACACAGCCGGCCAUGUCCCAGCCAGAGGCCUUUUACCAACAACCCGCCUCCUAUCUACACCAGGAGUCCGAAUCCGGUCUUCCGGAUGACGAGCAGUCGUACGUCACUUCUCAGGCGGAGUCAGAAGCCGACAUCGAGUACGCCCUGGAUGAGAGAGGGAACUUUAUACGCGAUGAUUCGGGUCGCCGUAUCCCGUUCCGAUCUCUUCAGUCUCCAGUAUCAGACGAGUACGAUGUAGAAGACGCACGCCGACGUGAGCUCGAGCAUCUCCAGCACUAUGGUACAACUGCCACUUCUCAGGGCGGAUAUGCAACGAGUUCAGGCGCGGGGUCUUCUCAACAGCCCGCUGGUGGCCGACCCGACUAUAGCGGCGAUGGCUACGGCGACGAGUGGGUAGCUUCGCAAGCGCAAGUGAGGGACGCAAUGUCCGACCCAAAGACCCAGGCGUUUAGUCUGGCCAUCCUAGAAGCAUAUGAAGCUUCCAAAUCGGUUAUUGGAGCCAGCUGCACUGUCACAGCAAACACUGGAGCUACAGCAUCUCUUCUACAUGACGAACCUCCGCGUCCGAGCCGCGAUGUACUGGAUAUCUUCCCAGGAUUGUUACCAUUUGUCGCUCGCAAUGAGUGGCUCGAGAAAUGUAACCAAGAGCUUCUAGAUGAAAAGGCAGAUAGCGAUCAGAAACGCAUAGCGGCGGAGGUGAAGCUCGCUGCUAUUACUCUGGAGAUGAAAGAGACGUUAAAGGAGAUCGAGAACAAAACAAUGGCCCUGAAGAAGUGUGAAGAAGAACUCAGAAUCAAGACACUCAAGACCAGGCGAAACUUUCCCACCGUGCGACCUAAUGCGGACAUUUACGAUGCCAUUCAGUCCUUAGGCGACUGGAUGGAAGAUGCUAAGUACUGCGAAGCCACUAUCAAGAUCAUCAAACUGCAAGCACACGUUCACGCGGAAAAGGAAAAGCAUCGUAAAAAAUACUCCAGGCAGAUGAGGGUGCUCAACGAGAAUGCGGAAGAAUUGAAACAAUCAGCUACUAGACACGUAACAAUUGCACGGGCUCUAGGAGAGGAACGUGCUGUCUUUGAUGAAGAGCAAGAGAAGUGGCGUAUGCAAAAGGCUCAGGAAUUAGAAGGUACCGAGCUCGAAGCUGUGCAAGAGCUGUGGCUUUCUACUCAAGAGGAGAGGGUAAAGGCUGAAGUAAAAAAGCAAACCGAAAUUGAAGUUCAGAGGACAAUGGAACCCCAUAUCCGUGCUGAGUGUGCCAAAGCACAAGAAGAGGGUUGA